AUGGCGGACUCCAGCAACGCAACAGCUUCUCCUUCUUCUCCUUCCCACGACAGCUCCGAACCUGAGACGAGUCUAACUGAAUUAAAAGGGAUGCUAUCCAAUAUUCAAGAAACCUUAUCGACAAUAAAACAGGAGAAUCUUAGCCUUAGAGAGGAAGUAAUGCAUUUAAAAACAACUCUCAAAGACGAAAUGCUAAAGUGGAAGAAGCUGGACUCCACGUUGGAACAAACUUCAAAAGAGAAUGCAGAGCUUAAAAGGGAGCACCAAUUUACAAAGCAGAAAUUGCAAACAGUCACCGAGGAAAAAGAUAGAAUUGACUUUGACUUGGAAGAGGUGGAGCAAUAUACGCGUAAAAACUCUCUAGAAAUCCAUGGCAUCCCUCAAGAAGCUUACACCACAACCGAGGAUGUUGUUUUAAAGAUGGGAGAGGUAUUGGAUGUGCCGACCUCUCCAAGUGACAUCGAAAUUCCUCACCAGCUCAAAUCAUCUGUUUCCCACGUCAAAUUAUGCUACUUCACUAGGACGAGGAAAUCGUAUCUUCUUAAACGAAAACCUCACAGCCUACCGACGUAGUGUUGUCAAAAAAGCAAAUGGUAUGAGGAAAAAUGGACUGCUCGUUAGUGUGUGGACAAUUGGCGGUAAGAUUUUUGUUAAGACUUCACCCUCGGGUUCAUCAGUAAGAAUCCACUGCUUACAAGAUCUAGAUAAUUUGUAAUUCUGCUACAGGGGAAGGGAAUUGAAAGAAAUUUAGCAUGCAAGAGGUUGCUUCCAAUGUAACAUUGCUUUUUGUUUCUGUUAUAAGUACUUUAUGUCUCCGAUCUUGUUUCCUGUUUAUUUACGUAUAUGCUUUUGUAGUUAUUCUCCUGAUCAUCGUCCAGUUAAUUAUCAGAUCCUCUCUUGGUUAUUUUUUUUCCCCAUACCCCUGAUCCUACAGUAACGGUAUAAGUAAACACAGUAUCUUGUGACUUAACGUUCGGGGUUUGAGAAAUCGCGUCAAAAGAAACAGUAUAUUUAAAUAAAAAUAAAAAAAUUGUCAAUUCUAUUUCCUACAAGAAAUUUAUUCAGUUCCUGAUGACGCAAAUACGUGGAGUAAUGAAUGGGGAGGUGACAUUUUCUUUUCGCAUGGAUCAACACACAGCCGUGGUGUUUGUAUUUUAAUUAACCCUUCAUGCAGCUAUACUGUUGAAAGUCUCAAUAGGGACCAAAAUGGAAGAAUCAUUUCAAUUAACCUGAGCUCCGGCUCUGCAAAUAUUUCAUUGUGCAACAUAUAUGCCCCCAACGAUCUACAACAACAGUUAGCCUUUUUGCGCAAUGUGAAUAACUUUUUGAUAACAAAUGUAGACAUUGGAAAUCUCAUUGUUGGCGGCGAUUGGAAUGUUACCCUGGAAGCUGUUGACAAAAAA